UCUCAUGGAAGACCGUGGCUGUCUGAACCAAGACAGAAGAAGCCGGGAGCUUGAUAGCCCCGUGCGUCGGGUCUACGAAACCAGAUUCAUAAAUCUUUUAUGUCGUCACCGGAUUUCAUUCGAAGGCUAUCAGAGCGGAUUUCACCCAAUAACCGCCUUCUUUCAAACCCUUGCUCAGUCGGCCAUGCCGAGCCGUCUCUCCGCCCCCUCGAUGUCUUUGUUUCUUUCUUCUGUUGCAGGGAAUUUCCUACACAUCCAGCAUGGGUGCUAUCGCCCUUCGGCCAUCGCCACCUCACGCAUCCCGGUCUUGCGUGCAUUGACCUACGUCCCGUUUCACGAAACGGUCCUCGGAUGCUGUGCUGCGCCAACAAACUUCUGACAAACCCACCGCACGCGAUGACCGACACGACGAGGGAUUCUUGGAAGGGUACCUGCUCCACGUCCAAGGCCCAUCUCUGUAUCAGGCCUGUCUGUAUCAAUUGGCCUCGGUGGCUUGGCGCGCGCAUCUUCAACUCCCCCCUGGUCCUCUUUCGCCUGCCUGGUCUCUUUCACCCCCCUAGUCCUCCCUUGCCCACGCCUUGACACUCACCCACCAGCCAGCUAGGCCGGAUCUUUCGGGUAGCACAACAAAGCAUGUAGUCACCGCCACCAGCCAAACCAUCCAACCAAACGCAACAAACCCACAAAAUCCCCUCAAAGCACAA